AUCUCUGGGUUCUGUCCGGCUUGGAAGCUGCAAUCUGGUGGACCGAGCUGCUCCAGGAUUCUGCCCCUGGACCAAAGAGCGCUGCCCGUGUCUGCGCGCCCCGGAACAGGACCGGAGCCCCAGUCACCGCCAUGGCUGCCACCCUCCUCAUGGCCGGCUCCCAGGGGCCUAUGACGUUUGAAGAUAUGGCUAUGUAUCUUACUAGGGAAGAAUGGAGGCCUCUCGACCCAACACAGAGGGACCUUUACCGGGACGUUAUGCAGGAGAAUUAUGGAAAUGUGGUCUCCUUAGAUUUUGAUAUCAGGAGUGAGAAUGAGGCCAAUCCAAAGGUGAUAUCUGAAGACGUAGAAUUUGGGAACAUAUCUGGAAGGCCUAUUGAGAGUGAUCCCCAGAAUCCUGAGUGUGAAGACAGCUUUGAAAGUGGGGACAAGUCAGAAGGACAGUGGGGAGAUUUAACUGGGGAUGAGUGGGUAAACUAUCCUCUUCAACAAGUUACAGAUCUCCUUGUCCACAAAGAAGUCCAUGGAGAUAUAAGAUUCCAUAUAUGCUCUCAGUGUGGAAAGACUUUCAAUCAAAUCUCAGACCUGAAUCGACAUCAGAGAACUCAUACUGGAGAGAGACCCUAUAAAUGUUAUGACUGUGGAAAAAGCUUUAGCCGAAGCUCCCAUCUCAUUCAGCAUCAGAGAACACACACUGGGGAGAAGCCCUAUGAUUGCAGUGAAUGUGGGAAAAGCUUUGGUCGAAGUUCACACCUCAUUCAGCACCAGACAAUUCAUACUGGAGAGAAACCCCACAAAUGUAAUGAAUGUGGCAAAAGUUUCUGUCGGGUCUCACACCUUAUUCAGCACCAGAGGACCCAUAGUGGAGAGAAGCCUUAUGAAUGUGAGGAGUGUGGGAAAAGCUUCAGCCGCAGCUCUCACCUGGCUCAGCACCAGAGGACACAUACUGGUGAGAAGCCUUAUGAAUGUAAUGAAUGUGGGAGAAGCUUCAGCGAAAGAUCAGAUCUCAUCAAGCACUACAGAGUCCACACAGGAGAAAGGCCCUACAAAUGUGAUGAAUGUGGAAAAAACUUUAGUCAGAAUUCAGAUCUCAUUCGCCAUCGGAGAGCCCAUACAGGAGAGAAACCAUAUAGAUGUAAUGAAUGUGGGGAAAAUUUCAGCCGGAUCUCUCACUUAGUUCAGCACCAGAGAACCCACACUGGUGAAAAGCCCUAUGAAUGCAAUGAGUGUGGAAAAAGCUUUAGCCGGAGUUCCCACCUCAUUACACAUCAGAAAAUUCACACUGGAGAGAAGCCCUAUGAAUGUAAUGAAUGUUGGAGAAGCUUUGGUGAGAGAUCAGAUCUUAUUAAACACCAGAGAACCCAUACUGGAGAAAAGCCCUAUGAAUGUGUGGAAUGUGGAAAAGGUUUUACCCAGAGCUCAAACCUUAUCACACAUCAGCGAGUUCAUACUGGAGAGAAACCAUAUGAAUGCACCGAAUGUGACAAAAGUUUCAGUCGAAGUUCAGCUCUUAUUAAACAUAAGAGAGUUCAUACAGACUGAGUCCCUUACUUAUGAUUUUAUGGGAAUAAUUUUGGCAAAGAACAGAGAAUUUUAAAUUAGUGAGCUCCCUUUGAAUCAAGCUCCUUUCACUAUAUUGAAUUUUCUAGUUAUGAGUCAUAAUUUAAAUUUAUAAGAAGAUGAAGUCAUUUGGAUAUCUGAUCUAAGGCUCUGGCAUCUUGAUUUCUUCUGCCUUAGAAAUAAAUCAUAAUCCUUUUUAAUUCAACAUUAAUGAAUUGCUCAGCUAAAAGUAUGAACCAAGUGACUGAAGAUCUGCAGUCCCAGGAAGAAAUACUGGCCACUGGCUGUUUGGACCAGGGACUGCAGUGAUGAUGUUCUAGCAGCUCUUUAUCUUACUUCCCUGGCCCACACUUGUUCUUGGAGGAAAGUGUGGGAUUGUAAUAGUUGGUGAGCUACCUUAGAAGAAGGCAAUCAGGAAUUCUCCGAACUACAAUGCCUAUACAAGCCUUGUUAAUUCACAUACCCAUCGUAUCCUACCAAGGGCUUUGUUCUUGAGUUGCCUGUGUAUCCAUAAGUAGUUUUUCCUCUGCUUUCCUGCAAGCAGGACUCUGCACAGUGGAUGCAGUCGUUACAGCAUUUAUCUUUCUUGUUUUCAUUUCUAUUUAUUCAUUGUAAUAUUUUAGCUUUUGUUAAAACACUUUUAAGAAAAAAAAAGAUCAAAAGGGAAAAUGAGCAGUGGGGUUUGGGAAAGAUGAUCUCUUUCCUGCUCCCAGUGAGUGACUGGCAAGAUUUGCUUGGUGUUAUUAUCACCAUUAAUCAGAAUUUACUAAUUAUCUUUUGGGAUGGCUGUAGGGUGUAGUUGUGGGGGCAUCAUCUUCAAGGAAGACAGGGCAGUGGAAUGUAACCACAGCCACAGUGAGACAUGAAAAUGGACCUUUGAGGAAAGAGGAAGGAAGGUGGCUGCUUUUUCAUCUCCUCCACCCUUUAAGAUUCCUGACUGUUGUGAGGAGCCUGGAUUCCAAGUGUCUUCAGUACUAACUAGGAUUUGAUAAGGGAUGGUUUCCAGUACUUCUCUUCUUACAUAAGGCCUUAUAGGCAUACCAUCAACCCCAUAUGUGCUUGUGGUUCUACAAGACAAUUGCAACUGUCAGGAUUACACAGUGUCAGCGUGGUUUGAAAUGAACAUGCUUUUGUGUGAUGGAAGUCUGAAUUUAACUCACAGGGGUGAGAAAUGGAUUUUUAAAAAACACUGGUGCCCUGGGACUCACUCAUGUAAGAGGCUAGCAUAUACUUGUUUGUGUAACUAGAUUGUUGUGGGGUUGACUACCUGAACAGAUUGAUACAGUACUGUAAUUGAAAACACAGCCAGGAAGCUGGACACUGUUCUGGUAGAGAAGAACAGGUAUAUCAGGGCAGGGCUUUUUAUGUGUUACUGUUUUUUAAAUGAAAAACAAAUAACAGAUGGAUAGAAGAAUUCCAGAACAGGUGGUUUGAGUUCCCCUCUCUCAGGGUAAGAUUUAAGAGCCAUUCCUAAAUCUCAGGCAUGGCACUGGGGGAGAGGUAGGAACUAGGAAAAGGAGAAAUUUGGAUUCUUUCCAGGAAUCCCCGUAACUUCUUAUGUUGUUUUGUAUCGUGACCGUCGUACUGUUUUUUUAAAAAAAAAAAACGACAAAACUUUCUGUUCUAUCUAUUUGGAGUAUUCUAGGGGCAAGUAAGCCUUUUGGGAAUGUGAUGCUCAACUAAAUCAUUGUGACCUUGAGCUUUAUGGGCCUGGGGAUUCUAUUGCUUUCUAUGAAACUUGACCUCCAGACCAAACCACAAGGACUACAGCCACACACACAACACAUGUUUCUUUAGGUUGCCUAGCUUCAUUAAGUAUAAGUUCCUAAAGGUCAAGAAUCACAUUUUAUGGUUUUCUUUUUUUUCAAGAAUCACCUAGAUUGUUUGGGGUGCCACUCAAGUAUUUUAAUUCCUCUGGGAGAUCUCUGUUCCAACACUAAAGUCUUAUACAUUUUGUCCCAUAUCAGUGUUCCUGAUAAUUGUAAUGAAAAUCAAGAGUUCUAACCCUUGAGAUCAUUUUGGGGGUGGCCAGAAUCUCCACUUCUCCAUCUUUCCUGCUGCUGUGCCAGCUUCUUGCUGGAAGGCUCCAGUCAUUGCUUCAUAAUUUGUGCAUGCCUGCUGGUGAGGUUUUGGUUUUGGGGGGAGGGGUGGGGCAAGGAAUGAAGAGGACAGGCCACUCAAACUCUGUCCCCUACCACCACCUCCCUCUGCCAGGUGCUGCUCCCACCGUUGUCAUCCUGUGCUUUCUUGAGUAGAAGUUUCGCAUUAAAAUUCUUCCAUGGCUACUUCUGCAUGCCCUGUGCCCCCAGGCUCCUGACUGCCUCUGCCCACACUCUGAACACUUUGUGCCUGUUUUCUCUAGUUGUGGAGAAUGAGUGAGCCAGUAAGUAGGGCAGUUUUUGCUUUUAAGGUAUUGGUAAAAAGUUAUCCUAGUGUUUAUCUACAUUUGUAUUCUAACAAUAUAAUGGAAAAUAUACUUUUUAAAUGCAGAUGUUGAAAAUCAUUUUAGUAACUCAGCCUUGGUUAGUAUUCUCUGCUUCAAAUAUAUUAAAGCUCAGCACGAACACAUCCAGGUGUUAGGAACUUAAAAGAUCGGAGCUGGAAGGGACCUUAGAGGCUGUGUGGUCCAAAGCGCUCAUUCUACAUGAGGAAACUGAGGACUAAGUAGAUGAAGUGAUUUGUCCAAGCUCGCACAGCCAGUUAGGAGCAGAUCCAGGAUUUGGAGUAAGGACCUUCGCUGCCAGAUCUGGUGCUCUUAGUAAUACACUAGGCUGUCUGCUCUUCCAUAGGUGCAAUAGGAACACUAGUUUUGUGGAGAUUCCAGAGAAUAGUGUCUUUGGAUGAAUUGCUUUUUAAACUUUGAAAACUCUCUCUAUUGCCUUUUCUCAGGCAGCUGCAAAACCUGGUAAGAUUCUAUGAAGGCUGUGCUGGUGGCAAAAUCAACUGGAAGAGUUGGGUGUAGGUGAUUCACCUUUUUGGGAGAGGGGAGGGAAAUGAUCAAAUUUGCAAAAGAAAGGUGUUAACUGCUUCAGGAAGAUGCGUUGGAGUACCAGCCUCCAACACUAAAACCCAGGAUGUCUGCAACUAGGACCCCUGAACACUAAGACUGAGAUGGUUCAUGCAAGCAGGAAGGGCACUGUGCACCGCGCCCCCCUCCCCAAGAUAGGCAGGCAGAAGAUAAUGCCCAUCCCCAGCUGUGCAACACCAGGGGCUUGACAUUUUCAAAGUAUUUUUAAAAAUUAAAGUUGUCAUAUGAAA